AUGCCUGUUCAGAAGGUGAAGGAUUUUCUGGGUUAUUCUAUGAGCCUGUACGUUCAUGAGAAAAAGCCGCAGUACUUUGGAAUGUCCAUGUUUAAUCACGACAUUCUUGAGAAUAUGCCGGAUGUCUCACUCCGGGAGGAUGACGUCAUCUUGUGCUCCUACCCCAAGUCCGGCUGUCACUGGGUGUUUGAAAUCUGCCGACUGCUGAUAAGUGGCCGGACAACUGCAGACAAAGUGGACAAAGAACAGUUCAUGAUGGAAGUCUCCAACCGUUUCGGUAAUGACGAUAUAUCCGACCUCCCAUCGCCCCGACUUCUCAACAACCAUGAGUUCUUCGAGAACCAGCCCAAAGACAUCUUAAAGAAAGGCGUCAAGGUGAUCCAUGUGUACAGAAACCCCAAAGACGUGGCAGUCUCCUUCUUCUAUCACCACAAUAGAAUUCCACCAUACGAGUAUAAGAACCCGGAUUUCUGCUAA